UUGGAACGGUUUUCCCGAGGGCUGUGGUGAUCCGUCAAAACUGGUGCACCCGACAUCUCCAACACCCCGUCUUCUCUACUCUCUGGGCAACAUUUGCAACCACUUUAUGACGCGGGCUUUCCUGGAGCGGGUUUGCAGUCCAGAUGCCGAGGUCCAGCUGACCUACCAUAUUGCACGCAAGAAGGUGCCGUAUCUGGAUACAGCUACCGGCGAGAUGGUCCAGCCAACCGAACCGAACGCCUACAAGCUGGAGAAGUUCAUAUUUGACGUCUUUCGACUAGCUGACCGGUUUGCCAUCUGGGAGGUCUGCCGUGAGGAGGAGUUCUCGCCCCUCAAGAAUGGACCCAACGCGAAGAAAGAUUGUCCAGCUACAUGCAGGGCCGCCAUUCUCACACUGCACCAGAAAUGGGCUCUCAUGGCCGGUGCUGCUUUCGAAACAAAUGACCUUGAGAAAAACUGUCUGGAGAUAUCCCCUCUCGUCAGUCUAGAGGGCGAGGUAUGUGGUCGCCUUUUUGAUUAG